AUGCAGCAUUGCAUCAGCCGUCUCCGUGCCACCACAUCACCCAUCUGCACAGCAUCACAUCACAGAGCCGUCUCAACGUCUUACUCCGGUGUCGGCGCCUUGUACAGGAUGAGCUCGUCUGCUGCGACCGGCCCGCGGCGCGACUACGACGCCGCGCUGGCCCACCUCAGCAUGCUGGCCUCAAACCGCGCCGUCACCACGCUCUUUGAGAAGCCACGGCAAGACGCCGCCGCGGCCGCGCAGCCACCUUCAUCGUCCUCACCACCGGCCCAGGAUCUCAACGCGCAGGCGAUUCCCGAGAUGCUCAUGUGGCUGCGCAGGGCAGGCUACACGCCGCAGGACCUCGCGGCCAUGCGACACAUCCACGUCGCCGGCACCAAGGGCAAGGGCUCCGUGUGCGCCUUUGCCACGUCGCUGCUCCGCGCCGCCGGGCCGCGCGUCGGGCCGGUGGGCACCUACACGAGCCCGCACCUCGUCAGCCCGCGCGAGCGCAUUGCCAUCGACGGCGCGCCGGUCAGCCGGGCCGUCUUCGCCGCCGCCUUCUGGGAGCUGUGGGACCGCUUCACCGCCGCCGCCGUUGCUGACGGCCAGCGGCCGCGCGCCCGCUUCCCCGCCGCCGCCGUUGCUGACGGCCAGCGGCCGCGCGCCGUCGCCGAGGGCCCCGCCUCCAAGCCCUUUUACUUUCGCUUCCUGACCAUCCUCGCGUGGCACGUGUUCCUGCGCGCCGGCGUGCGCGACGUGGUCGUCGAGUGCGGCAUCGGCGGCGAGCACGACGCGACCAACGUGCUGCCGGCCGCCGCCGUGUCGGCCGCCGUGGUGACGCAGCUGGGCGUCGACCACGUGGCGAUGCUGGGCGGCACGGUCGAGGAGAUUGCGUGGCACAAGGCGGGCGUGUUCAAGCCCGGCGUGGCGGCGUUCACGCUCGGCGACGCGCCGGCGAGCGUCAUGGCAGUGCUAAGGCGACGCGCCGCGGAGAAGGGGGCGCGGCUCGUCGAGGUCGACGCGCCGGCGGCGGAUGCGUGGGAGGGUGUCGUUGUCGGGGGCGGCGAGGCGCCGCUGCUGCUGGGCGGCGACUUUCAGAGGCGCAACCAGGCACUGGCCGUGCUCGCGGUGCAGGAGCACCUGGGCGUGCGCGACGAGGCGGCGAGCACGGCCGAGACGCUGGCGCGCCUCCCGGAGGGCAUGGCGGCCGCGCUCCGGGGGGCGACGCUGCGCGGGCGGUGUGAGGUGCUCCCGGACGAGGCGCACGGCGUGCGGUGGCUGCUCGACGGGGCGCACACGCGGGACAGCAUCACGCAGGUCGCGCGGUGGCUCGUGAAGAGCCUGGACGGCGACGGGGAGGAGACGGUCGCGCUCGUGUUCAACCAGCAGGACCGCGACGCGCCGGCGCUGCUGGCGCACCUCGUCGAGGCGGUGCAGGCGGCGGCAGAGGCAGAGGGCGGCGGCAGAGGCGAGGUCGUCUUUUCGCGGGCGCUGUUUACGAGGAACGAGCAGGAGGCGGCGGAGCACGAUGGCGACUUGGGUGUGCAGAAGGCGCUGGCCGAGACCAUGGCGAGGCUCGCGCCGGGGUGUCAAGUGAGCGUCUUUGAUAAUGUCCGGAGCGCUGUGGCUGAGGCGAGGAGGGCGGCGGCGGUGGCCGGCGGCGGCAAGGUGCAAAAGGUGUUGGUCACCGGGAGUUUACAUCUCGUCGGGGGUAUCAUGCGGGUCAUCGAGCCCGACAGUCUAUUGUAA